CUUUGGCAUAUUCCCUAAAUAAAGUUGUUGAACGGUUAUUAUUUUAUCAACAUUGUUGUUAGGUUAUAAUUAUCGUACCAACACUUAGCAUUAGUAUUUCUUUCUUAACAUAUUUCCUGAAUAAAGUUAUUGAACGGUUAUUAUUUUAUCAACAUUGUCGUUAAGUUACAACGUUUAUUUUGAAUAAUCUGAAUAAAUUAAAGACUACGGUCAUAGUCAGUUAUAACAAAUACUAUUUAGAUAAGCAAUUAAUUUAAUUAUUGGUAGUACAAAUCUUGGAUUUACAGUUUUUCCAGAUCCAUUUGGAUCUGCUUUUGUGAAGAAGUAAAUCUUUUUAUUACGGAUACCUGCUGUCUUUGUUUUAAAAAAAUAAAUUUAAAAUGGACUCAAGUCGAAAAUUUAGCAAUCGAUACUUCUCUAUGUUGUCAGUUACAUCCUCAAGCUUUAGAAACAAAUCAAAAGUUUAACCAGAACAAUUUAUGUAGUCUUUUGGUUAAUGUUGGUGUUUCAAAAGAGACAAAAUGUUUUCCCCUGCAAAUAAACUUAACAAUAGACAUAAUGCCUUGGAGGAGCGAUAUAACCAAAUUUGUGUCUAUCACACUUUUGAAAAUAAUCAAAAUUGGAAAGGAGACAGUAUUGAUCAAUCUUUCAAGCAAUUUGGGCAAGGAAGAAUUAAAGAGUGCAAAGGGAAUAGUUGUAGAGCUAAAAAAUUUGGUACCUUUUUCUCUAGAAAAAAAUUUUAUAUCAAACUUGUUGACAACCUUAAUAGAAAAAAACUUACUUAUUCAAAACAAUAUUUAUCCAAGUGUUUCAGAUUUAAAAGUCAAUUUUUCGCAAUCAAAUGAUUUAAAGUCAAAGGAAUCAGGUGUCUCCUCGAAUUUUAUUUGUGCUGUUGACAAGGCAAAUGACAAAGUUGAGAAUUUUAACUUAAAUGUCUUAUUGCAUCAGGACAAUUUAGAUCCUGAAGUUCAAAACUUUGUCAAUCAAACAUACAAUGUUAUGGACUAUUAUGAAGACGAGAAAACAGUUUUAGAUCCCGUUGAAAAUGGUUUAUAUGAAUUUUUAUUAUCUGAUACAAUAUAUAAUCUUAAAUCACAAGAUCAGAUUUUAAAUGAUGCAUUUGAUGAUGAAGUCAAUGAUUUUGCUCAAGAUUCAAUACUUAAAAUUGAUGAAGCAGAAGAUAUAAAUAAUGAAAAUAUUAGUUGUCAUUCAAAUGAUGAAUGUGAAGAUUUUCUUAAUCUGUUUGAAAAUUAUUUUUUUGAAAAUUUGCAAUCUUUAAAUACUGCAAACAACUUCAACAAUCAAGUAUAUGCAGCGGGAAUUACAAAUGAUUUAAAUUAUUUAUAUGUGGAAGAUAUUACGAAUAUUUCCAAACAUAAUGAUAGGGAGGAUUUUUUAUUACCUUUUGAAAAUGAUUACAAACAAUUUGCUUGUGAAAAGGCUGUGGAAAAAUGCGAAAAAGACAUAAAAAGUUAUUCUGAGUGCUGUUCUAUUUCUUCAUCUACAUCUUUUUCUGAAAAAUCCAAUUCCAAAUGUUUGUCUGAUAAAAUAUAUGAGAGACGUAGAAAAAACAAUAUUGCUUCAAAAUUUACAAGAGCAAAAAGAAAAAAAAGACAUCAUGAGUUGUAUAUACAAGCAACUGAACUUGAAAAAAGUAAUGCUGAGCUUAAAAUAAAAAUUGAUGUCAUGCAAAAGCAAGUUAACCACCUUCGAGAAAUUAUUAUUGACAAGUUAACUCAUGUUAACAAUUUUAGUUAGUUAAUAGAAUGCCUAUUAUCUAUGUUAUGUAGAAAAUAAUGAAGUAUAUUUCCUAGUUCAAAUACACAAUCCACAAAAUGA